AAUGAAAGGGCUAAACCGCACUGCUACCAUAAUGCUAUUAUAAUCAUUCCAAAGAUAACACUGCUAAAUGGCAAAGAUGUUUAUUGUAGUUGUUAUUUAUUUGAUUCUGGGAUGGAACAUUUCAUCUUCAGCAGAUGAUCGAUGGCCUAACGGUAAUUUUGGUUUGCCAAAUACAAUUUCUGGAUGUCCUGGAGGCUUGGAAAGUGGUUGGCGUGAGGGAUGGAGGUUCCAACAUAUGGAGAAUGAUAAAAAUAGAAAGCUAAGUUCAAGCGCAUCAUUUAAAAAUCACUUUCGUAUUGCGUUUCAUAUAACAAAAAUGGAUAUGAUCCAAUAUUUUUGUAUGCUAGACCAAAUUGGCAACAAUUCAAAGUCUUGGCCUAGAGGUACAUAUUGUGUUUACAAGUCAAGUAAUGCUUGUCCUAAUGGUAUGAGUUCAAAUGGCACUGUUAAAUGGGACAAUGAAAAUACUAAUAAUGUCAAUGUACGAAAAGGUCGACUACCUGAUGGCAUCUAUGAUAAAGACACUACUAUUAAUUAUUGCUGUCAAACAAAUGGAAACUGGUAUGAUUCCAUUGAAUUGCCAGUUAUCAAACCUUUUUACUUGUUGACAUCCAAUUCAUUGUCAUCUCCCAAAUGUCAAAUGGUAAAAUGGGCAACAAGUCAAAUGGAGUAUAUUUUAUUUGAUACGGAGGAUGACAACAAUAGUGAUAAUCUUUCUGGAAAUCAUGUUUUUGUUGAUACUUCUGAUAGUUCUGGUCGCAAAAAAUUCUACUAUUGUUAUUACAAAGACUGUCGUGUUUCUGUCACUGGUCUCAGUGGUUCAAUUUCAUUGCAUCAGACAGCCAGAAAUAAUAUGCAUCCACACUCUCAAUAUUGUUCAUGGUUGAUCACUGUAGCAGAAACAUUUGUCAUCUCCCUGAAAUUCUCAAUACUUAAUGUCCCACAAUGCAAGGAUACAUUUCUCAAUAUUUACGAUGGUCCAAAUGAUACCUCUUCUAUACUUGGUAAAUAUUGUGGAGCAAAUGCAAGUGCAGGAAUAAAAAUACGUUCUUCAACAAACCAUUUGUUUAUCUUGAGUAACUCUGGUAGCUAUGGGUCAUAUCCGAAAAGUGUGUUUGCUUUUCGUGCACAAUACAAAGCUCAAGUUUUAGGUUAUCGCAGAUUAUACACUGCUCUUAGUGGUUCAAUAUCUUCACAUGAUCGAACGCCAAACGACACCAAACUACACUCUCAAUAUUGUUCAUGGUUGAUUACUGCACCAGAAACAUUUGUCAUUUUACUCAAAUUCUCGAUAUUAAACAUCCCACAAUGCAACGAUAAAUUUCUCACUAUUUACGAUGGUCUAAUUGAUACCUCUCGUCUACUUGGUAAAUAUUGUGGAGAAAACGCCACUGCACAAGUGAAAAUACUUUCUUCGACAAACCAGUUGUUUAUCGUUGGUAACUGUGGGAGCAAUGAAUCUUAUUCAAGAAGUGUGUUUAGAUUUCAAGCACAGUAUAAUGCUAAAUGUUUGACUCAAGAGAACGAUCAGUGGCCAAGUGGUGACUUUGGAUUACUUAAAGCUAAAACGGGAUGUCCAGGUGAUUGGAAAAGCGGAUGGCGAGAGGGAUGGAGGUUCCAGGAUAUGGAAGAUGAGAAAGAACCCUCAACAGCGUCAUUUGAAAACCACAUGGAUGUAACCAUUCUAGACAGAGCAUCGGGUGAAAAUGUCAAUCGAACAUUUUGUAUGUUGAAUCGAACAAACAAAGAAACAUCACCAUGGCCUAAGGGUACGUAUUGUAUUUACAAGUCACGAGGUACAAUUUGUCCGAAUGGUAUGAGUCAUGGCUUUGUGAGGUGGGACGACGAAAACAACGGCAAUAUAAAUAAACACGGAGGAUACUUACCUGACGGAACAUAUGAUAUAGACACUAUUAUUACAUAUUGCUGUCGAACAAAUGGAAACUGGUAUGAUUCCAUUGAAUUGCCAGUUAUCAAACCUUUUUAUUUGUUGACAUCCAAUUCAUUGUCAUCCCCCAAAUGUCAAAUGGUAAAGUGGGCAACAAGUCAAAUGGAAUAUAUUUCAUUUAAUACGGAAAACACUAGGAAUCUCGAUUAUUAUGCUGGAGAUUGUGUGUUCUUCGACACUUCUGGCAGUUCUGGUCUCGUCAAUUUAUACUAUUGUUACUACAAAGACUGUCGUGUUUCUAUUUCUGGUCUCAGCGGCUCAAUUUCAUCGCAUCAAACUGCAAAAGCAGACAUGGAACCACACUCUCAAUAUUGUUCAUGGCUAAUUACUGUACCAGAAACAUUUGUUAUCUUACUGACAUUCUCCAUGUUAAAUAUCCCACAAUGCAACGACACAUUUCUCUACAUUUACAAUGGUCUAAAUGGUAAAUCGCCUUUACUUGGUGAAUAUUGUGGAGAAAAUGCAACUGCAGGAAUGGAAAUACGCUCUUCAACAAACCAUUUGUUGAUUGUGGGUAACUCUGGUAGCUAUGGCUCCCAUUUGAAAAGUGUGUUUGCGUUUCGUGCACACUACAGUGCUCAUCAUUUUGCUGAAGAUCAAUGGCCGACUGGUAACUUUGGUUUACCUAAAGCUAAAACUGGAUGUCCUGGUGAUUGGAAAAGUGGAUGGCGUGAGGGAUGGAGGUUCCAGGACAUGGAGAAUGGAAAUCCACGUUCAGUAGCGUCAUUUGGAAAUCAUAUGGAUGUUACCUUUCCAAUUACGAAUUCAAAUUAUGAUAUAGUGCGAAAAUUUUGUAUAUUUAAGCAAACGAACAAAGAAGCAAAACGAUGGCCUAAAGGUUCGUACUGUCUUUACAAGUCGGGCAACACUUGUCCUCAAGGUCUGAAUUCUGGAUAUGUAAAAUUUGACGAUGAAGACACAGACAAUAAAAAUAGCCUAGGAGGAGAAUCACGCCCCAAUGAUAAGUCGAGACGUACUUGUUUAAAAGGUAUGAGUUCUGGCUCUGUAAAAUGGGACGAUGAAGAUGACUGGCGAAAACAUGAUAAUGAUUAUAGAAAACAAUUACCUUACGGCACAUAUGAUGAUAACACUGUUAUUCAUUAUUGCUGUCAAACAAAUGGCAACUGGUAUGAUUCCAUUGAACUGCCAGUUAUUAAACCUUUUUAUUUGUUGACCUCCAAUUCAUUGUCAUCCCCAAAGUGUCAAAUUGUGAAAUGGGCAACUAGUCAAAUGGAAUAUAUAUUAUUUAAUACGGAAGAUGACGAAAAUAUCGAUGAAUUUGUUGAAGCACAUGUGUUUAAGACGUCGGACAUUUCUGGUCGCAUCAAACUUUAUUAUUGUUACUACAAAGAUUGUCGUGGUUCAGUCAGCGGUCCCAAUGGUUCUAUAUCUUCCCACGACCCUGCACAAAACGUUUCGGAUCCACACUCUCAACAUUGUUCAUGGUUGAUUACUGUACCAGAAACAUUUGUCAUCUCACUGAAAUUCUUGAUAUUAAAUAUUCCACAGUGCAAUGAUACAUUUCUCUACAUUUACAAUGGUCCAAAUGAUACCUCUCCUUUACUUGGUAAAUAUUGUGGAAAAAAUGCAACGGCAGGAAUGGAAAUACUUUCUUCAACAAACCAUUUGUUUAUUGUUGGUGACUCUGGUAGCUAUGGCUCUCAUCCAAAAAGUGUGUUUUCUUUUCGUGCACACUACAAAGCUAUAGAACCGCCACCUUCACCAAAGUCUUCAUCUGAUGAGUCAAAUAUCGCAGGUGUUAUUGCCGGAGUAUCCGCGGUCGUUUUUUUUGUGAUUGUUACUGUUGUUCUUGUUGUUGUUGUUUGCUUUCGUAAAUCAAAACAAAAAAAAGAACAACAUGAAGAAGUUGAACUUGAGACAAAAGUUGAAGAUGACGAUAGAGAUCACAUAUACGAAGCGCUAUCCGAUGUAGUAGACAACAGUCCUCUAACUAUUAGUAAAGAUGGGCGUUAUGAAAUCCCUCAUAAAGAGAACGUUCCUCUCCCCAAGCUUCCAACACAGAAUGAAGAUGACGAAGAUGAGUCAAAACUACCAACAGAGAAAUUGGAAUAUGUUGCAGUAAUUGAUUCACAUUAUCAACCCUUGAUUCGUCAACAAAAACUCGUACCCGGCACUGAAAAUUAUAACGAACAAAUGUUGCCAAAUAACAGCUCUAAAAUAAAAGAUGAGGGUAUUGAUCUACUUGAGAAGUCAACCACCACAAUUUGAAUGUUAUCAUUAACAACAAAUUGAAGUAUAUUCUGUAUGAUCAUGAACUAUCAAGGAUGAUUUGGUAAAGUAAAUUUGACAGUUAAAUUAUUCAUAAGGAUGGAAUAACAUUUGGAAUGUAAAAAAAAUAUUAAUGAUUUAUUCUUGACUUGCAACCAUUCUUUUGAGAUCUACCAAACAAUGUUGCACGCCCUCGUCAACUGCUGCCAACAAUAACACUGACAAAAUAUUCUUUUGUAUCAGACCACCAACAUGGCUGAAUUUCAAGUCAAGAAUUGCUGAGCAAGUAAUAAGUAACAAUGACCUAGAACCCAGUCCACUAGAUAUAUAACUACUCCAAUAUUCUUUAGUUACGAGUGAGGUAAGCCGUCAUCUUCAAAGGUGGCAAAACCGACGAUAUUUAUGAUUAAUAUCUGCUUUUCCUCUGUUGAUAUUCAUUUACAAAGUUGAUAGUCUGGGUUUAGUUUUUAAAACGUAUGAGAGCAUUGUGUUUUUAACCAUCUUUCAGCUUACUUUUCAUUUUCAGUUUUUCUUUUUGCCACCUUUCAAAAUGGCGUCCUUGCGUCACUUUGACACGCAGUAGUUAGAUAUCUAAAGUAAUGGAUUCUAAAUUAUUGAAGAGUAAGUACAACGAUAACAAGUGAAAAUAUUCACAUUAUAUAUGAAUUACAUAAUAAACGAUGUAGGGUUUAA